AUGCGCGCCACAGCCUUUGCUUUGCUGACUGCCCUAAGCCUAAGUGCAUCGCUUGUCCGUACCCAGGGAUAUAGUGAAGAGUGCUCUGAUAUCUAUCUCAAUGAAGGCUGGCUAGUUGCAACUUGUCCCAAGGACGAUGACAAUGGCAGCAUCACUAGCAGUGUCUAUCUGCCGAACAAGAUUGCCAACAAUAAUGCUGUACUCCAGUGGGCCGUCGACGGAUCUUACUGGAAUUCCUGCAAGGACUGCUCGCUCACCAACACCGGUUCAACUCUGCAAUGCUCCUGCAAAGGCUCAGCAUCGCCGUAUAGCAACACAACAUUGAAUCUAGGUAAGGUCAUCCAAUAUACGUUCACGUAUCCCACUAAUAGCUUUGUAGAAGAACAUAUCGCCAACUAUGACGGGCACCUCCUUUCCAACCUCACCGGCGCCGUCACCUCUGUCCCAGCGGAUUCCUCAGAUCCUGUUCCCGUGGACUUUGAGGUGGAGCUUGAGUUGUCAACACUGAACAAUUCGUCCGCCACUUAUGGAGGAACCUUCACAUUGAAUCGCCCAACAAGCUGUUUCUAUCUCAACCUCGGAGUAGAGUACUCCUGGGCAUGCGGCAACUCGGUGAACAACCAAGGCUGGGAGAUUGUAGGGUUCUCCGAUGAGGAUUGCACAAGUGACCCGGUUGCGACCUUCACACAGGACAACCAGGGCACUUGCUUGACAUUUGCGACAGAUGUCAAAGGCUUCUCGGUGACUCCACUGUGGAAUGCGGACUAA